CCCUCUCAUUAUACCUCAAGAAUCCUCAAUAAUUAUACAGACAUAAUACUUUUAAGUUUUCUUGAGAGAGGAGCAUAUGGAGGUCGGUGGCGGAGUGAAAAAUGUUGUAAAUUAUUUACAACUACAACCACCAUCACCAGCGCCACCGCGAGAACCACAGUGGAAGAUUAUAAUGGUGGCCGCGAUAGCCGCCGGAAUACAAUUCGGGUGGGCGUUACAGCUUUCCCUUCUGACUCCAUAUGUGCAGCUCCUUGGCAUACCCCACAAAUGGGCCGCCUUCAUCUGGCUAUGUGGCCCCGUUUCGGGCAUGCUUGUGCAGCCUGUAGUUGGCUAUUACAGUGACAACUGCUCCUCCCGGUUUGGCCGCCGCCGCCCCUUUAUCGCGGCUGGAUCUGCCCUCGUCACCAUAGCAGUCUUCCUUAUUGGAUUUGCAGCUGAUCUUGGCCACUCCUCCGGUGACCCCCUCGGAAAUUCCCCUAAGCCCCGAGCUAUUGCUGUUUUUGUUGUUGGCUUCUGGGUCCUUGAUGUAGCCAACAACAUGUUGCAGGGCCCUUGUAGAGCAUUCUUGGCUGAUCUUUCGGGCGGCAAUGCACGCAGAAUGUCAAUGGCGAAUGCAUUAUUCUCCUUUUUCAUGGCUGUGGGCAAUGUGUUGGGGUAUGCUGCAGGUUCAUACACUCACCUCUACAAAAUGUUUCCAUUUUCAAAAACAAAAGCUUGUGAUGUGUACUGCGCAAAUCUGAAGAGCUGUUUUUUCCUUUCAAUUGCCCUUUUAAUUACCCUUACAACAUUGACUUUAACAUUGGUACAUGAAAAGGCCACCGGCGCCGCCCCUUCUACGGCGGAGCAAACUGGUGGCGGAGUGGAGGGUAGUAAAAAGCGAGGUGGGGUACCUGUUUUGGGGGAAUUAUUUGCUGCUUUAAAGGAUUUGCCUAGGCCUAUGUGGAUUUUAAUGUUGGUGACUUGUUUGAAUUGGGUUGCUUGGUUCCCGUUCUUGUUGUUUGACACUGAUUGGAUGGGGAAGGAGGUUUUCGGUGGAAAGGUGGGUGACAAUGGGUUGUAUGACCGUGGAGUGCGGACCGGUGCACUCGGUUUGAUGCUCAACUCGGUGGUGCUGGGAUUCGCCUCCUUGGGAGUUGAGUUUUCUGGGCGGCGGCUUGGUGGGGCGAAGAGACUUUGGGGUAUUGUCAACUUCUUGCUGGCCGUUUGCUUGGUUAUGACUGUUUUGAUCACCAAAUUGGCCGAGUCUAGACGACGAUACGCCGUCACUAGUGGUGGUGGUGCCACCGCUUUGAAGCCGGACGGCGGUGUCAUUGCGGGCGCUUUGACUCUCUUUGCAGUUCUUGGCAUUCCUCAGGCGGUGACUUUUAGUAUUCCAUUUGCUUUGGCUUCUAUAUUUUCUAGUAAUCACGGUGCAGGACAAGGUCUCUCACUGGGAGUUCUAAAUCUUGCCAUUGUUAUACCCCAGAUGGUGGUGUCGGUUGUGAGUGGACCAUGGGAUGAAUGGUUCGGAGGCGGUAAUUUACCGGCGUUCAUUGCAGGGGCUGUGGCAGCUGCGGCCAGUGGGAUUGUUGCAUUAACAGUGCUCCCAUCUCCUGAUGCAUCAUCAACCAAAACUGUUACUAGUUUUGUUGCAUCUCAUUGAAUAUAAAUGGACCCUCGCACUCCCCCACCGCAAGGGACCUUUGAUUUUUCUGGUCCCCUUAUUCCCUCUAAGCCAAAUAGAUUAUUCCAGCAAUUUAUAUUAAUCACGGUCAAAGAGGUUCUCCUAAUAUAAAUUUGGAAACCUGGUAUUGUAUGAAUUUUGAGGUUGAUUUAUCAAGAGAAAACAAGAAAUUAUAUGCUUUUGA